AAAACACAUACAGCAAAUGCCAAUAUUAGUUGUUUUCAACUGAUAUAUUUAACAAAACCUUGGGUGUGUGAUAUUAUAAAAACUCUGGGUAUCUCCUCCAUAGCGUGUCCUUUUCUGGAAAUUUGUAUCGGAAAAUAAAACCAAUAACUGGUCAUAUUUCGAGGUUCUCUCUCUGAAUUUCCUAGUAGUAGUAUCCAAGUUUCCAGGAACUCUCACUUUCUGAAGCUGUGAUUCUUGUUUGAUCUGCUGAAUUACAGGAACAAUGGUUCAGUUUGUUGUAAAUAAAACCACCCUACCAGCGUGGUUACAGAACCUUCUCAGAUCAGUGUGAUGAAUUGAUUCUUCAAUGGCUAGGAAGAAGAGCUGGUUCAAUAUAGUGAAGAGGUUCUUUAUCAGAGAAACGCAGUCAAGACCAGAAAAGGAGAAGAGAAGGAAAUGGAUAUUUGGAAGGUUUAAGACCAAAAGGUUACCCUCGCUCACUGCACCAUCUUCCUUGAAAGAAAGAAGUCUGUGUGAGGCAGAGGAAGAGCAAAGCAAGCAUGCUCUCGCCGUGGCUCUUGCCUCUGCUGCUGCUGCUGAAGCAGCUGUUGCAGCUGCUCAAGCUGCUGCCGCUGAGGUUGUCCGGUUGGCAGGCACCUCUCAAUCUGACCAUCGAUGUGAAUAUGAAACAAAAGAGCUUUCAGUCAUUAAACUUCAAGCUGACACCCCUUCAUCCCACUAUCAGUAUAAGAAGGAGAUCCAUGAAAUUUCUGCCACCAAAAUUCAGACUGCCUUUCGGGGUUACCUUGCAAGGAAAGCUUUGCGGGCAUUGAAGGGAAUAGUGAGGCUUCAAGCUAUCAUUCGAGGCAGAGCUGUAAGGCGCCAAGCUCUAACUACCCUAAAGUGCUUGCAGUCCAUGGUAAAUAUCCAGUCACAGGUCUGCACACGAAGAUUCGAAAUGGCCGAAGGCACUUGGGAUUAUGAAGGAACUAAACAACUGCAGGAUUGGAAAGACAAGAUAAUAAAGAUAGAUUCAAACAGUCAAAGAAGGUGGGAUGACAGCGUUCUGUCAAAGGAAGAGGAAGAAGCAUUGUUCUUAAGUAAGAAGGAAGCCAUGAUUAAGAGGGAACGGAUAAAGGAUUAUGCAUUUAGCCACCGAAAGUCAGCGGAAACAGAACGAAGCAAGGUAAAUGGAAGAUGGAGGUACUGGUUGGAUCAAUGGGUGGAUACCCAAGUUGUUAAAAGCAGAGAACUUGAAGAUUUGGACCCAGUUCCAACUUCAAAUCCAAGACAACUAGAGGAUUACGGAAGAGGACAACCUAAGCUAAGAAAUGUUCAGGGACGGAAUAACUUUGAAGGAUUGGAGUCUCCGAUAUUUGUUCCCAGAAGAUCAUUUCAUAGGAGGCAGUGUUCAUUAGGAGAUCAUAAUUCAUUUUCAAGCUCUCCUGUUGUUCCAACUUACAUGGCUGCUACUGAAUCUGCUAAAGCUAAAGCAAGAUCAAUGAGCUCGCCAAAGUUAAGACCCAGGAGUUUUGAUACAUGUUCUGAAAGCUAUUCACCAUGUAAGAAUAAGCUGUCUUUCAUAUCCUCCAUUAAUACUGAAGUGUCAAGCGGUGGUAGGAUUAGCAAGACUAGCAGUUGCCAGCAAAGAUCUCCAAGCUUGAAAGGCGUUCCAGGUCCUAUAAAAUCUAGUCGAACGAUGAGAGAUCUCAGCUUUGACUCAGGGUGCUCAUUGCAGGUUUGGGACCGACAUGGUGGCUUCAGAUGAUUUGAGAGGUUGCAUACAAGAAGAGAAUUUGGCUAGUGUGUCAGGUUGGAGAGGAGAACAAUAGUAUGUAAUUGCAAGUAGUUUGAGUAGGUAAUCAAUGGGAAACUAUUUUAUCCUCUUCAUUAAAUUAGUAGCUCACAUUAAUGCUACACAUUUUAUUCAAA